UUAUGCAAGACUUCGAAAAUCCAUAGAGAAGUCUGUUAGCGGUUGUGCGAUUUUCGUUGACGCACAAAUUGGGAUGGUUGGCACAAGUGAUCUCAGGUCUGGCAGUCCACGCUAGUCCGUAGUCGAUGCCGGUCGGUACCUUCGCUGACCUCCGCUGUGUUCACGUUGCCGUACGAGAAGUGCGCGCGAGUCGGCGCGAGUGAGCGCGAACGAAGUUCGGGGUUAGUCAGGAGAGUUCUUUCCGCAUUUGACGCGGCGAACCGAAUUCUGACUACCAACAGUCAAAGAAAACGUCAUGAGCGGAAUACUUAAGGUUUCGUACACCUUGGCAAGGAACUUGCCGUCGGCAACGCGAGUGAGACACUUUUUCAGUUAUAAUAAGUUAGGAUUAUCCUCAAUUGCUACUCGCCAGUUUCAUUACACUCCCGAUGGAAAAGCAGCAAAAGUGUCCGAAGCUAUUUCUAAGGAGUAUCCAGUAGUAGAUCACACUUAUGAUGCUGUUGUCGUCGGAGCAGGAGGAGCUGGUCUCCGAGCAGCAUAUGGAUUAGUAGCAGAAGGUUUUAAAACCGCUGUUGUUACAAAAUUGUUUCCAACAAGAUCUCAUACCGUGGCUGCUCAAGGUGGUAUAAAUGCCGCAUUGGGAAAUAUGGAAGAAGAUAAUUGGCAAUGGCACAUGUACGACACUGUCAAAGGAUCUGAUUGGCUUGGAGAUCAAGAUGCCAUUCAUUACAUGACUCGUGAAGCUCCAAAGGCUGUUAUCGAGUUAGAGAAUUGUGGGAUGCCAUUCAGCCGAACCAAUGACGGUAAAAUAUACCAACGCGCCUUUGGUGGACAGUCGCUGAAGUUUGGCAAGGGUGGUCAAGCCCACAGAUGUUGCUGCGUUGCUGAUAGAACGGGUCAUUCUUUGCUGCACACCCUGUACGGAGAGUCUCUCAGUUACGACUGCAACUACUUUGUUGAAUAUUUUGCUUUGGAUUUAAUUAUGGAAAACGGCGAAUGCCGAGGAGUAUUAGCGCUUUGUCUCGAAGAUGGCACGAUUCACCGAUUUCAUGCGAAAAAUACCGUAUUAGCUACGGGUGGUUACGGACGUGCAUACUUUUCUUGUACUUCUGCGCAUACGUGUACCGGUGAUGGUACCGCUAUGGUCUCGAGAGCCAAUCUUCUCAAUCAGGAUCUUGAAUUUGUACAGUUCCACCCAACAGGAAUUUACGGAGCCGGGUGCCUUAUCACAGAAGGGAGUAGAGGAGAAGGUGGUUACUUGAUUAACAGCGAAGGCGAGAGAUUUAUGGAACGGUAUGCACCAGUUGCUAAGGAUCUAGCUUCUCGAGACGUCGUCUCGAGGUCUAUGACCAUGGAAAUUCGGGAAGGCAGAGGUGUCGGUCCAGAGAAAGAUCAUAUUUACCUGCAGUUACAUCACUUGCCACCUGAACAGUUAGCCGCUAGACUACCCGGCAUCUCCGAAACUGCAAUGAUCUUUGCUGGAGUGGAUGUCACGCGAGAACCAAUCCCUGUGCUGCCAACAGUGCACUAUAAUAUGGGUGGUAUUCCGACAAAUUAUAAGGGCCAAGUCUUGAUAAACGAGAAUAAUCAAGAUAUAGUUGUAAAAGGAUUGUAUGCAUGCGGUGAAUCGGCAUGUGCAUCUGUUCAUGGUGCAAAUCGACUUGGAGCUAAUUCGCUGCUCGAUCUUGUGGUAUUCGGUCGCGCAUGUGCAAAGACAAUUGCACGUGAAAAUAAACCGGGUGAAACAAUUGGAAAAUUGAGUCCUAAUGCAGGAGAGGCGACUAUUGCGAAUUUGGAUCGAAUUAGACAUGCGAAUGGUUCUGUUCCCACGGCGCAGUUAAGAUUAACAAUGCAAAAAACUAUGCAAACACAUGCCGCUGUUUUUAGAAUGGCAGAAACCUUACAAGAAGGUUGUAAAAAGAUGUCGGAAUUAUACAAGAGUUUGAACGAUCUCAAAAUAUCCGAUCGGAGUUUAAUAUGGAAUUCUGAUCUGAUCGAAACAUUAGAGUUGCAGAAUUUAAUGUUGAAUGCGUUGCAAACAAUUUAUGGCGCAGAAAACAGAAAAGAGAGUCGCGGAGCUCAUGCGCGUGAAGAUUUUAAGGAUAGAAUUGAUGAAUAUGAUUAUAGCAAACCCUUGGAGGGACAACAAAAGCGACCCGUAGAUCAACAUUGGAGAAAACAUACUCUUACCAAAAUUAACCCCCAGACUGGAGAGGUGUGCAUCAGUUAUCGAGCGGUGAUAGACGAGACACUCGACACACAGGAAUGCGCAACGGUUCCACCAGCGAUUCGUUCCUACUAGAUCUAUUUAUUACAAAUAAUUGCGGUUCUACCUCAAAAGUCUGUUCGUACACCCAACCCUACUCUUCUCAUAACAGAUCCCAGCCUAUCACUUACUAAUCCCCAGAAUCAGUCGUACCUCGAGUAUUAUUACCAAACAGAAAUUGUUUAAUUUCUAAUUUUGCUUUUCUACAACUAACGAGAAUCAUUUUAAUUUAUUACUUUCAUCCCUAGCAUACACCAAAGUCUAUUCUUGUCAUAGCUUGCGAAUUCAGCGAGCACGAAUAGUUGUCGUCGUAGAAUGCUGGUGCCGAGACUGUUAACAACAGUGACAUUAAGAAAGAGGAAGAGAGCAAAGGAAGGAAGAAACCUGACCGAUCUCCAAAAAGCAAUACCAUCAUUACGUAAAGUAAUACUAGAGAUUAAGAUGAUCAAAUUGAUUUUCGGAAGAAUUUCAUUCGUAAAAAAAUAACACCGAUUCGUUUCCUUUGACUGCAAUGAUAAUAUCUCAUCAAAGAAACGAAGUACUUAAGUUCAAUUUUAUUCGUUAAUUAUUAUAUCAUCGUGGUAGCACCACUUUCCGUUUGAUGCAUGUAAAUAGCUUUUUUACGUACGAAUUGUAGAGGAAAUUGUCGUAUUGAUGUUUCGGAGUUUACCAACCAGACUAUUGGAACAAAAGUAAGUCACCAAAUAAAAGAAGCCGCGUCGACAAUGGCAUUAUAUAGAUUUGUACUAUCGGCAUAAGCCGACACACCUGUGCUGUUAAAAAUUGCGCAGCACCUGUAAUUUUAUUCCAAAAUCACAAAAAAAAAACUGUCAAAACAGGACUGAAUUUGCGGGUGAUUUGUAUUGUUCACAUGUGAUAUAUACGCCUCAGUGCUGAAGAACUGUAAUUACUCUCGUAUCACUAAAGUGUUAAAAAUGUUGGUUUAAGUAAAUUCAACAGGAUUGGUAUGUUUGAAA